CUGAAACAAACACGGCAGCAGGCAGCUAUCGAGCUAAUUGUUUUACGUUCAGACAUGUGUAUUGUUCUGAGAAUGGAUCGUGUACUUAGCGAGGAGGAAGAGCGGGACACGCUUGAAUGGGUAGAUAAAAUACCUUUCUCCAGGCUCAAAAAGCACAUCAACAGGGACUUUAGUGAUGGAGUGAUGGUUGCGGAGAUUGUUAAGCAUUACUUCCCAAAGAUUGUUGACAUUCACAACUACAUUACUUCCUGCAAAAGGCAGCAGAAAAUCAGCAACUGGAACCUUCUCAACAAGAGGGUGUUUUCCAAGCUGGAGUUUUAUGUCUCAGAGGAAGCGGUGGAGAAGAUUGUUUCAAGCAUUCCUGGGGCGAUACUGCCAGUGAUGUUUUUCCUCAAGGAGAAGAUAGAGAAGAAACUGGCGCAAGCAACACGAACACGACCUUACUUUCGGAUCCAGGAGAAACCGUUUUCAGAUGUAGAGAUUCAACAGGCUGAAGCAAAAAUUGUGGCUCAACUGGCAGAGUUGAAGAUUGCAGAGCCAACAGAUUAUGGGAAACCGCAACAACUGAUGGUUUUCCCAGAGAUGAGCCGUUUAACAAUGCGGCAAAUCAUGCUGGAAAAAGAACUUCAGGUCCAGGAACUUCAGGAUAUUCUGAAGAUCCUUCAGGUGAAAGUGAGCAAGUUGGAGGAGUUGAUUCAAUUGAAGGACAAGCGCAUUGAACAUCUGACAUGUCUUCCAGAGGUGUACAAAACUAAACUACAUCUACCUGGUUAAAAAGCAACUCACAUUCUCACACAGGUCUGGGAUUUUGCCGUCUUCUAUUCUUGUUGAAUAGAAGGCGAAGACCUUGGAGUUCAGUCACUACAGUUUUAUUUUUUCUUGAACAUAUACCUAAAAUACUGAAGAUGAGAUAGUAUCAAUAUGUUAUUUGAUUUGUUUUCAGAUGUAAUUAAUAAAGUACAACUACAUGACCA